GCAGGCUUCUCAACCGAUUUCAGUUCCCAUCAGAUGGAUGUGACAGUCUUGUCAUUAUGACUGAUAACCUCCUGCAGUGUCGGUCUGGGUAUCGUCCCGCCGUGGUUGGAUCCUCGCACCCAAUGAAUGGAUUAAUGUGGAACAGCGAAAUCGAUCAUGCCCAGGGAAGACUCCGCCGCCGACCCAACAUCAAUAUCAUCAAUGUCAUGUCGUGUCACUGUCGUAUGGGCGAGCGACUUGGGCGAUCCUCUCGCUGCAGCUUCUUCUUCUUCUUCCCUCGCGCCUGUCUGUCUGCCUCAUCGGUCUGUCUAUCGGUCUGUACUGGCGGCAGGGGAUAUAUGCUGUCGGCCGUCAUCAAUCAAACUGUACAGUAGGUGGAGUUUGGUGGUGAUGGCACAGACAGACAGCGUACAGUACAGUACACUACACGCCUGCACACGUUGGAUUUCGGGGAGAAUGCACCAACCGAUAUACGCGUACAAAUGCAGCACCAGUACAGUCCAGUAUCUUCCACACAUAUCCCUCUCUCCAUACUGUCUGUCUCUUCACCGUGCUCACACGCCAAGUCCGUCAUUGCCCUUUCUCUGCUUUCUUCUACAUACGCCGGAAGUGGCGUUCGGCUUCAGCCACCUCGACCUGCGUCUGUCCACUUCUCUCUUCCAAAUCAUACGCCUUCUCCCAGCAUUUAAAUCGAUUCCCAUCCAUCUCUAUCCACUUCCUCCUCACCAUCUCCGAUACAACGUGUCAGAGCGGCGUACACCAUCUCUUCGGGCCUUUCUCCGUCAAACACUGGCUCGGGCGUACGGCUGUGAAGGAGGCUAACGAAAUGACCAACGAGUCCGUCUUCUCGUCAUCUGAUCUCUCCACCAACGAGACCUCCCGCGUGCGACUAAUUAUAUCAACGCGGCCUCCCAUUCGCGAACGAGAUGAUG